CAAAAAAGCGACCAUACACUUGAUCUUGUAACAAACGCGUGGACUGAAUAAGGUGGAACGAGUAGUUUCAUAUUAUUAAUAAUUAGUAAUUUUUGUGAAACAAGUAUUAUACAUUUAGAUAAGUCGUCUUUAUUCAUCAUAAUGGAUUGGAAAUACGCCAAGAUUCUUUUGGCUUCGACGGCUGCCGUAGUAGCUUCGGCAGUGGUGAAGAAAAUGUGCAAGUACUUUUACAAUUUGAAAUAUGCAGAAGACCAGGACAUUCAUGAUUCAUGUAAUGAUAUCAUGAAUUUAAGAAAUCGUGAAAUAAACGACGUCAUAUUAUUUUCCGAUGAAGCUUCCCACCAUCUUAGAGUAAUGCCGAACAAGGGUUUGAAAAUUUGUGAAAGCAGGGAAAUAAAUUGUUUCAAAUUGAUCAAAUAUAUCAAGUCUGCACGAGAAACGUUAGACGUAUGUAUGUACUUAAUAACAAGCAAAGAAAUAGUCGAACAUAUAAUUCGUUUGGGACAACGACACGUUGUCGUAAGGAUAGUAGUGGACAGUGAUAUGGCGUUCACACCACCGUCACAAAUAAAGAAGUUACAAGAAUAUAGUUUUAUAAGAGUGCAAACGAAUAAAAAGCCAAUACUGAUGCAUCACAAGUUUUGUAUAAUUGACGGCCCAAAGGCUCUAAAACGGAAAGCUAUUUUAAAACAAUACGCAGAGAAACUAAAUAUACAUGCAAAAUACACAAGACUUGACGACAAUCAUCAAACGAAAAUAAAGCAAGUUAAAGGUUUUGUCAUGUCGGGAUCAUUGAAUUGGUCAACGCAAGCGAUGGCUGCUAACCACGAAAGUGUUAUUGUAACCUCUCAUCCAACGAUAGUGGAGAAAUUCGAGAGAGAAUUUGAAAGUUUGUGGGUAGAAGAUGAGCCAGCAUUGCUGGCACCAAAAUAAUGACGAAUGAUCCAGUAUUACCAUGUUUGAGCCAUCACCACAAAACGAAUGAAUAUUGCAGCAAUGAUGCAACACCAAGUGUGCCAGUGUGAUAUCAGUGCGACAAUUGUUCAUUUAGUGCCAAAAUAUAUCCAACAUGGAAACGAUGGCUCAAAAACGUGAUGUAUAUAAUAUAUAUGUGUGUAAAAGUGUAUGCAAGAAUUUGUGAUUUUGAAAAGUGCGCUUUUGGAUGCAGUGUUCCUCAAUAGAUAGCGUUGUUGAAACCAUUGCUGGCGAGGUGACGAGCGAGUUUCGCUACUGGCCACUAGGUGGCGCUGGUUCGCCGGGUUCAGUAGCCGAUAACCGUUGAUAACGUAAACAAACAGCCGUCGAUUCGAGGAGUCAAUGUACGAGUCGGAUCGGCGGGCAUCACACGCAAUGAUGAUUUCAACAACAGCCUCUACUGAUGCUUCUCCCGCUGUCUCCGAUCCACCUGAUGAAUUACCACCACGCCUUUAUGUUACGAUGUAGAUUUAGUUAGCCCUUUUGAAGUGGAUGUGUGAAAUUUGCGGCCAACACUAUCGUUGAAGCCGAUACUGUUUUAUCAUCUACUCGCAACGAUGUUGUUACGCUAAAAUUUCACAGUUUCCCUGUGACUGUGUAACAUUGAGGGCGAUUUUUGUGUAUAUUCAAGAAUAUAUGAUUUAUACUAUUUGUAAGGUCUUGAAAGGAGGAGGAGGAGCGCUUCUCUAGUCUUUAACUACUCUGACCGCUGGUAAUACGCUUGUCGUUGCUCCUCCUCCCUUCGGGGGCCUCAUACGUUCACGCGAUCUAUUUCAAUUUUUUUUAUUAUAUUUAUUCACUUAUUUUGAAUUAUGUUGACUAACAAUUACUAAAUUUUCUAACGCAUGACCUAAUUUAAUUUUAUCAAAUCAACUCGCGGGUGUGCAUGACUAUAUUUUUAUUUUGUUUGAUAGCGAGACGAGUUUUGACAUGUGUAUGUUAUCGAUUCUAUUGUUGUGUAAUUUCUGAUUAUCAUGUUUACUUCAACGAUGUACCAGAGAUCAUCGCGCCUUGCUCCAUAAAACUUGAUUUUAGGUUUAAUCGGAUCACUUAAAUUCGAGUUUUAGUUUUGCAUGGCAAUACCCGGGAUUGCAUUCUAGUUUUUUUGUUGUAAAAAAUUUGAUCAUGCAAUCUGUCAAUGUUUAAUUAUGAUUGGUGCGUAAUAAAUAUUAUCUUACGA